UGUCACACCAAUUUCAGUCCGUCACGCAAGGCAAAGAAGUGGACAAGCAGAGGCAUUUCUGUAACGUUAAUUUAAAUAAUUUUUUUCACAGCCUGUAUUGUGAAGACUUUUGAUGGACUGCGUGGAGCAGAAAGACACGGAAGCGACGGCGCCUUCAGUCAUUGACCGAUAUUACACACGGUGGUUCAGAGCCGAUUUGAAGGGGAAACCGUGUGAGGACCACUGCAUCCUGCAGCAUUCAAACAGACUAUGCAUCGUCACGUUAGCGGAGACUCACCCCAUCCUACAGAAUGGGCGGCAAAUCAAAAGCAUCAACUACCAGAUCAGUAACUGCUGCAGUCGACUGAAUAAUAAAGUCUCUGGGAAGUCCAAGCGGGGGGGUCAGUUCCUUACUGAUUUCGCACCUCUGUGUAGGAUAACUUGCACAGAUGACACUGAAUACACGAUCUACAGCUGCAUCCGGGGCCGUCUUCUUGAGGUCAAUGAAAGUAUUUUAGAAACACCUUCUCUCUUGCUGGAAAAGCCAUUCACUGAAGGAUACAUCGCUGUCAUCCUGCCAAAGUUUGAGGAGAGCAAGAGCAUAACAGAGAAUCUUCUGAGCAGAGAUGAGUUCGAGAGAGUUGUCUCCAAACGUACUGUUGACCAGUCUCAACCAUCAUGACGGAGCUCCACAUUCUUGGUUUAUUUAAGUCAAAACUGGAGGCCACUCCCACCAGGUUGGGUGAAGACCGAGGACCUUAACCUGGAAAGUAACAUUUACAUGUGGUGACUUCAAAGGGAGUAUUGCAUAUAAUGCAAGCUGUGUGCACUGUGCCUCUAUACUUAUAUAUUGUCAUUGUUUUAAAACUCGAAGGAAGGUCUCAGGAUGCACUCGGUGUUCUAGUUUUUUUAUUUAUUGCUUGUUUUGUUUUGUUUUUUUCUAAUUUGAAAAAUGAGGAAACAGAGGGAAGCUUAACAAAUUACUGGAAGU